UCGGUGGCUGAUUCCAGCUACCUUCACACUAGUACAUGUUACCCUGUGGUGGUAACUUUUGCUUCAUGCCAGUUCAUUUUUGUAUAAAUUAUAUUGGACGCCGCGCUGGUCAUCUAGACAUGACUGGCAUGUUUCGACAGAUGUAAGAGGUUUAUCCGUUAGUGUCCAAAAAUGGGGAAGAAAGAUAAAGGAGACCGGGAGAAGAAGUCCAAAAAGCGUUUCUAUGAGGAGGAUGAUGACGAUGAAGAGGUGGGUGGCAGCGAGUCGCAGGAGGCCAUACCUGCAGCUGCCGGGAAGCAGGUGGACGAGUCCAGCACUAAACUUGAUGAGUAUGGUGCCAAGGACUACCGUCUGCAGAUGCUGCUGAAGAACGAUCACUCCUCGCGUCCUCUCUGGGUGGCUCCAGAUGGACACAUUUUUCUAGAGGCCUUCUCACCUGUAUAUAAGUAUGCCCAGGAUUUCUUGGUGGCCAUUGCAGAGCCGGUAUGCAGGCCCAUUCAUGUGCAUGAGUACAAGCUGACAGCCUAUUCCCUCUAUGCUGCUGUCAGUGUCGGGCUGCAGACCUCUGACAUCGUGGAGUACCUGCAGAAACUCAGCAAAACAUCCGUUCCUGAUGGCAUCGUGCAGUUCAUUAAGCUCUGCACUGUGAGCUACGGUAAAGUCAAGCUGGUGCUCAAGCAUAAUAGGUACUUUGUUGAGAGUGCCUUCCCUGACGUGAUACAGCGCCUCCUGCAGGACAGUGUCAUCCGUGAAUGUCGCCUCCGUACAGGAGAGGGAGGAGACACUGAACUCAUCACUGAGGUCAUCCACAGCAAGUCAGCAAUCUCUAAGUCCCUUCAGGACAAGGGCGGCUCGUCCACGUCACAGCAGACCAGCGAGGGCCAGGGUUCAGCCCCACAGGUUCCUGAGGACAUCUUCAGCUACUACGAACAGAUGGAUAAGGAAGAAGAGGAGGAGGAGGAGACUCAGACUGUGUCUUUUGAGAUUAGACAGGAGAUGAUCGAGGAGCUGCAGAAGCGGUGUAUCCAGCUGGAAUAUCCUCUCCUAGCCGAGUAUGACUUUCGCAAUGAUACAGUCAACCCAGACAUCAACAUGGACCUGAAGCCCACUGCUGUGUUACGGCCCUACCAGGAGAAGAGCCUGCGCAAGAUGUUUGGAAACGGCCGUGCUCGCUCUGGGGUCAUUGUGCUGCCCUGCGGUGCGGGUAAGUCCCUGGUGGGUGUGACGGCUGCGUGCACAGUGCGGAAACGCUGCCUGGUGUUGGGGAACUCCUCAGUGUCAGUGGAGCAGUGGAAAGCCCAGUUCAAGAUGUGGUCCACAAUUGAUGACUCGCAGAUCUGCCGCUUUACCUCUGACGCCAAGGACAAGCCGAUUGGCUGCUCGGUGGCCAUCAGCACCUACUCCAUGCUGGGCCACACCACCAAGCGCUCCUGGGAGGCAGAGAGGGUCAUGGAGUGGAUGCGUAGCCAGGAGUGGGGACUAAUUAUCUUGGACGAGGUGCACACGAUCCCUGCCAAGAUGUUUCGUCGUGUUCUGACCAUUGUCCAGGCACACUGCAAGCUUGGGCUCACAGCCACGCUGGUCAGAGAAGAUGACAAAAUUGUUGACCUCAACUUCCUAAUCGGGCCUAAGCUGUAUGAGGCCAACUGGAUGGAGUUGCAGAACAAUGGCUACAUUGCCAAGGUCCAGUGUGCUGAGGUGUGGUGUCCGAUGUCUCCUGAGUUUUACAGAGAGUAUGUGGCCAUUAAGACCAAGAAGCGCAUCUUGCUUUACACCAUGAACCCUAAUAAGUUCCGCGCUUGCCAGUUUCUCAUUCGCUUCCACGAGCGACGCAAUGACAAGAUCAUUGUCUUUGCCGACAAUGUCUUUGCACUGAAGGAAUACGCCAUUCGCCUCAACAAGCCUUACAUCUAUGGUCCUACAUCCCAGGGAGAACGUAUGCAGAUUUUACAGAACUUCAAACACAACCCCAAGAUCAACACCAUUUUCAUCUCCAAGGUUGGAGACACCUCAUUUGACUUGCCAGAGGCCAAUGUUCUGAUCCAGAUCUCCUCUCAUGGCGGGUCACGCAGACAAGAGGCCCAGAGGCUUGGCAGAGUGUUACGAGCCAAGAAAGGAAUGAUAGCAGAGGAGUACAAUGCCUACUUCUAUUCACUGGUGUCCCAGGACACCCAAGAGAUGGCAUACUCUACCAAGAGGCAGAGGUUCCUGGUGGACCAGGGCUACAGCUUCAAGGUGAUCACCAAGAUGGCAGGUAUGGAGGAAGAGAACCUGAUGUUCUCCACCAAAGAUGAGCAGCAUCAGCUGCUCCAGAAGGUCUUGGCUGCUUCAGAUCUUGAUGCUGAGGAGGAAGUCGUGACAGGGGAAGUGGGCGCACGACCGCAGUUCUCAAGGCGAGCAGGCACCAUGAGCUCCAUGUCAGGUGCAGAUGACACCGUCUACAUGGAGUACCAGAGUCGAAGCAGCAAAUCCUCCGUGGCAGGCAAAAGCGUCCACCCACUCUUCAAGCGCUUCCGAAAGUAGAUGCUCAGUAGCUCCAUGGCAAUGGGACUAAUGGAAGGAGCAGUGAGCUGCACUGAGGCUAAGGACCGGGCUUACAGUCGCAGCUAAGAUGGUCCAGCUGGUCAGGAUAAGACCUUUCAAAACUUUCUAACAGUGCUGUCAUUAAAGCCAUCUACUGUUGAUCAGUGAGUAAAGUACUACAAGAUUUUAUGUCUUGUAAAGUUGUAUAAAUGACUUCUGUUAUUGCCAGCAAUUGAUAGAUUUUGUCUUUACUGAUUAAAAUUUUUUUCUGGUACACUUUUUUUUCUGAUAAAUUCUUUCUUUUUAUUUGGCUGAGAAAAGACAUUGUACAAUUAUGCAGAAGAUGUAUUUUUCAUGGUUUAAUGGAGGAAUGCAGGAAGGAGGGUUCCGGAGCUUUAUUUGGAUUUGGUACAAACCAGGGAAGGGGAGGCAAGAUGGGAUCCACUAACCCCACGUCUUGAAGACUUUAAGAUACUAUGCAGCCUGGUGCAUUGUGCCAGCUGCCAAAAUGGUGGGCGUGGGAACAUGCCCACCUCUGCCCAGCCACCCGUCUCUGAGGCACAGUGUGACACGAGGAGAACAAGAUCCCCUCCCACCCCUUGAAGAGCCCCUCUGCAGCCGGACCCUUCUGUGUAAAACCCCCCAACCCCGCUUUUUUUUUGUUUGUUUGUUUGUUUGUUUUUUUUGUCUAGGACAUUUACUAAAAUCCCAUUGGUUCUGGUGUAAGCUUU